GCCAUAUAUUCAUUUCAUAUCCUACAGCGACCAAGAAGGAAAGUAAGAGAAAUAUAAACCUUAUAUCUAAAGAUGGGAUUUUGCAAGAUCUUCUGUAAACUUGUAUUAAUUUUAAUAAAUAUCAUAUUUCUGGUAAGUAAUACGGAGCAUGUCUUGAUUGCUAUUUUCGUUUUUCUAUACCAUUUAUUCUCCAUAUAUUCAAGCGUACUAAUAAGUCAAUAACAGGCGAAUGUCUAAUGCUUCCUCGCCAAUAAUAAAUAGAGUUUAAUAAGAAAUAGCGUAUUGUAGAUGUUUUACGAACAGGCAAACUAAAUACGACCUGUUUUACUGUUCUUUCUCUUACUAUCAAAUGUAUGUAAUACAGAUUCUAACAACUAUAUACAAUGUAUACGUUGUUCUAUAUAUCAUGUAUUUGAGCAUGUAUAUACUAUAUAUAUAUAUAGUUAGACAUAGAUUAAAGAUAAUAUUAAUUUAUUUGUCCUUUUAAGAGUUUUUCACUUAUAUUUCUUUAGUUAUUGACUGUUUUCGUAUCCGUCCUCUAGUCCAAUCUCUAAACAGUUUAGAAAUCAAUUUAUUCGAGACUAUAAUAUAUUAUUUUCGAUCUUGGUGCACUCUUUUAAUCAAUGCAACUUUAAAGUUGUCUAUUAAUUUUUACCAAGUAAUUAGGAAUUUAAUCCAGUUAAAAUGUUCUAUCAAUUAGAUCAACUAGCCCACUCAUACUGUAUAUAGAUAUUUAUAUAUAUAUAUAUAUAUAUCUAAUCCUCUAUGCUUCUCUCUAUAGCUUCUAGGCCUGGCCUUUUUCAUUCCUGGAGUGAUGUUUAAGGCUGAAUCACCUAUAAUCAAAGAGAGAAUAGAUCCUUUUUUAGAGUCUUUAAAUGAUAUGAUUACAAAUACUGACUAUGUCAGCUCUGGAGAAAAAAUUGACUUUGAAUCAAUCUUUAGUGGAUUAGCAACAGGCCUCAUUGUUUUUGGUUUAUUACUUAUAGUUUUAACAUUGGCAGUAAUGAUUGGAAGUUGCUGUUUGAACAUCUUCUUAAUUAUCUAUGCCAUUUUCGUUUUUGCUUUGAUUCUCGUUCAAGCAAUUUUACUUGGAAUGUUCUUUACUGAAAAAUUUGAUGAUAAGAUGAAAACCAACAUAGAAGAAACGAUACGUGAUAAGUAUAGAGGAACAGAUAAAUUUGAUAUCGACUCCGUUUUGAUCAAUCUCAUUCAUCUCAAAUGGGAAUGUUGUGGAGUCAACGGUUUUAGGGAUUUUGACACAGCCAAAGUUUGGGAAAGAAAUAGAACAAAAGAAAUAACUGUUGGUUCUCAAACAAUCAAACAGUCUGUUGUUCUAGCAACUCCAAUAUCUUGCUGUAAAAUGAAGGGGAGUUUUCCAAGUGCCGAUCCAGUAGAACCUAAAACUUGCGCUCUAAUACCAGGAACUAUACCUGGAGUAAACACGCCAAUAGACCAAAUUAGUAACAGAGAUGUUAAAUGUUGGGAUAAAAUAAAAGAUGAAAUUGAAAGUAAAAAGGGACUCAUCGUGGGAGUUGGCUGUGGUCUUAUAGGUUUCCAACUUUUGCUCGCAAUUCUAGCAAUAAUAGCAUACAUAACUACAAGAAAUGAAAAGAAUUCUAAAGUGAAUUAUGCAUAAGACAUUAAGAAAAAAAGUAACAAAAACCUAUUGAUUUACGAUUUAGAAAAAUUAAAUGUUUUGUUUUAAUUUACUUAUAUCUUUAUUAUUACAAUAAUGAACUGCAUGCAUACAAUGCACAUCUUCUUUAUCGUUGAGAUGCCAUGUGAAUAGAGCUAUUUUUGUUUUUUUAAUCUCUAUCGUUAAGUGUCUGAUGCUGUAUAUAAAACUUUAUUUACAGUCAAUUCAUCUUGAAUAAACAAAUUUUUAUUGCUAAUUUUUACUGUUGUUUUUCGGAGAGGACAAUCAAAAGGUGUUACUCCUAAUUCUAUAGGUAUAUGAUUUAUAGUAAUGAAUUUUUAAUGUAAAAGACUGGACUGUCUAUUUUCGUAUAUUGAAUGGAAUAUAUAAAGAUCGUAUUACUCAUCUUGUUCCCUUUUAAUAAAUAAGAAUUACGCAU